GAACUUCCUAAUGAUUUUAUUUUUCGGACAAAGAAGAAUCUUACCCCCUGAUUACUGAAGAUGACUAUGAAACAAAGAUCUCUUGUAUCCCUUCUAUUAAACCCUGAUGAGUUCCGGGAGGCUAGAUCAAAGGAAAUAGCAAUUCAUGAUGACCCCUUGAUUAUCGAAAAACUGAUUGAUUACAUCUACCGCGAGGACUACGAUGAUUCCUUUGAGCCUGCAAUUGAGCCUCAGCCUGGAACUCCUCCAGCUGAGAUGGCUUCUGCAGAGCCCGAGCCUGCCAUUGAGCCCCGAGCCGAAGCGCCUCUUCCAAAGCUUGACCCUGCGACGCGGACUGAUGAUAUCACCAAGGCACAUAUCAACAUCAGAAUCUAUACUGUCGCUGAUAAAUACGCUAUCAAUCAACUGAUGAUUCUUACGAUACACUAUGGAGUGACCCUUAUCAAGCACUUAUUCUCCGACUUUGGUUGUUGCGAGACUGUUAGAGGGAAUACCAGAUGCCUAGACUACAUGUGA